CUCAGCCUCCCGUUUGUUUAUACCUCUGAAAUAGGAAAAUACAAUGAACGUUCUUAUAGAGAGUCUUCUCAACUAAUUGGCAAUGUAAAUUGUGAACUGUGGAUUACAUGUGCUUCAAGUACUCUGUCCUUAACUGAAGGUUGUAGAUAAUUGGACUGAGACUGUGAUAAUUGUAUGUUUCAUGGACAAAAUAAGGAUUAAACUAUCUCUGCUUAUAGAUUCUCUAUUGUAUGAAAUAUCUAUUUUACAAAGUAAUCUUCCCAUGCUUUUUAUAUGUUUGCUGCACACCCAUUAAGACUUCUUUGAAAAGUGGCAGCUGUUUGAUAACUGAGAUAUUAAGAGCAUCAGAAAAUGUUUCUCCCAUUGCCGUUUGCCAGACAACAGUUAUUUAUAACACAGUUCUGUGGUUAUAAUGGCAAAAUUGCUCAGAUUCUGAAUGUAUAUAUGUGAGAUAAGUGGUGGAAAUCAGGGGGAAAGUGUUAUUGUAACUAUAAAAUCCUGCCAGUCAUAAAGCCUGGGAACUCACUUGCCGACUAGAGCCUGAGUGUAUCAAUGUAUCUCAAUGCAUUGUGCUCAACUGCCCGCAACAGUUAAUGCUGAUGGACAAUUAUUUGGAUUAUUGUGAUAUCUUUAGUGAGUCAGAUGCCAGUAGUAAAUGUAUUAGCUUCUAGAGGAAUUCAUUAACUGGAAAAUCAUGGGAAAGACUUUCCUAGGGAGCCAUAAACCUCCCAGCAGUAAAGGCAACCCUGCUAGAGGAUCCAAAUAUUGUAAUUUAGUGAAUAUAGGAGGGAAAUUGAAGUCUGGUUCAGAAGAUGAAAGGAACGCAUUUAGUGCCAAUGACAGUGCCCCGGGGUGCAGGGGGCAGGGUAAUGGGGGACUAGAAAAGGUUCCUGGAUUAUAUGUAGAUACAUGUAGGUCUUUGAUUAAGAACGAUUCUUGUGAUGUUUGGUGUAUUUGCAGACUGGUGAAGCCAUGUCAGAGUUGUAGGGAGCGAAGGCAGGCUGAUAGGGACUCAACACCAACACCAGAAGACAACCCUGACAUCAGGGACCCAGGUCCAGAGGGGUCAGGUGGCUCCACAAAGUCCAGUGCCACACCCACGUCCACAGGAAGAGGAAUUGAGGUGAAAAAUCGUGAACACAGUGCCAACCAAUCUGUAGUGCAAAUUAAUGUGGAAGAUUUUGAUGCCAGUUCUAGCAGCAGACUUAACAAAACUGAGAUAUUUUUAUCUGGAUUCUGUUCAACUGAAGAAAUCAAUGCAUCGAAUGGUGCUGAAAAUGGAACUUGUGUGAAUGGUUUUGAAUUAAGUGAUACAAGAGCGGCCAGUGAUUGUGUGGGGAUAAACCUUGUGGAAUUAUUUCAGAAGCUAGAUAAGCUGAAUGCCGCCCAUGAGGAGUUAGAGACAGCCCACACCCCUGGAGAACCCAGGGUUGCCGACACCCCACCCGGAACUCCCUCUGUCACCAUGGAUACUGCCUCCGUCUGCUCUGCCCUCGAUAACUUUGACUUCGAUACCAGCUUCUGUUCUCUAAAAAGCACAGACCUGAUGGAUCCACCAGGAGACCUGACAGAUCAGCUGGCUCUGGUUCAGCAGAUGGUAGUUGAGAUGAAGACGGGGUUCACACGUGCCAUGGAGGAGCUGUCCAAGAUACAGUACGGGGAUCAGACUCUGCAACAGCAACUAGCCGACAACACCCAGCAGUGCCACUGCGAGAUUACCUCUGUCAGUCGUACAGUUCAGGAUCUCAAGGGAGCUGUUGAGAGACUGAGUGGAAAGCUGGAUGAGGUUUCUGAGGCGCAGAUAGGCUUGCAGGAGAAGCUUGAUACUUACCAGACGGACAAAACCAUGCUUCUGGAGGAGCUAGAGCGGUCAGGGGCACUCUCUGAACAGGCCAGACUGCGGUUGUGUGGGAGCUCCGUACAGGAGAACAAUAACACCAUUCCUCCAGAGGUGGGCCCCAUGGUGCACCCCUAUCUCAACUCACUACAACACAUGCACAGGGAGGACUACAACUCAGACUCGUCCCUGACGGCCGCAGUAUCCCGGAGCCUGAACCUGACCCAAGCCCUCGGGGAGAAAUGCCUCAAUCUUGACCUCUCAACGACCUCUAGCGACGAUGAGGACAAUAGCAGGCACUCACGAUCCAGGAGUGGCAGUAGUCAUAGAGCUGUCAGUCAUCAAAGAAAAUUCCAGUAUGAAGACAGUCCGGCACGGCCAAGCCAAAAGAUUCCCCCUCAUGAACAGUUCCUAGGAGAAGUGCGUCGUGAGGAGGCAGUACGGGACAUGGUGGAAGUUGAGCGGGAAUACUGCGGCCAGCUAUGGGCCCUCAUGGAGGACUUUAUGAACCCGCUGCGGGAUGAGACAAUCAUGGCCCGGCGGGAAUUCUCCCUCCUUUUCCCACCGUACAUUCCCCACCUGUAUGAGCAGCACUGCAUUAUCCUGCGGAAACUGGAGGAGCGCGUGAAGAAGUGGAAACAUGGAGGUGUCAUUGGGGAUGUGUUUGCCAAGUUCACAGAAUCACAGGAUGGAGAAGGUCUGAUGUUGUACAAGGACUUUAUCAAUGACUUCCCGACCAUCAUCAACACCAUGAACAAAUGGUUUGCUCAUUCCCCACACUUCAGGGAACUCAUGCAGAGCCAGUACCUAGCCAAUGCCCCAGUGUUACAGCUGCUCCUGGCUCCCUUACAGCAGAUACCCAAGUACUCAUUACUGCUGAAGAGUCUAUUAAAGGCGACUUCAGUUGACCAUCCUGACCGCUACUAUCUGGAGUCUUCCCUGGCCAGACUUAAACAGUUCCUGACCAGUAUGAAUGACGACCUGGAACAGGCCAUGAUGGCCAUUAAUGGCAAUGGACAACAUGUGAAAAGGGUCCAUGAGGCGGGCAUCUCUGCACGUUCCAAGUCUAGUGCCAGUAGUGGUGAGGUGAACCCGAUGUCUCGAGACUCCGGCAUUCACUCCAACGAAGAAGAGAGGGCCAAGUCACCGAUGUCACCAAAUUCCUCACGCAGAUACCUGUUGCAGAUGUUACGUGAGAAGCGAGAACACAGAGCCCAGGAGGUUGGGGCUGGCACACCUCGGGGCAAGAAGACUGCGACCUACAGCAGCAACCCUGACCUGCCCGCCCAGCUCCAGUCCCUGCAGGAUGGGCGAAUGUCUCCUCACCUCGCCUCCCUGCCCCAGUCUCGAAUGUUCUCCUCCCUCUCCAAGUUGCCCCUCCCCAGGGAAAACAGCACCAACAGAAGGUCAAGGUCAAGAAAACAGCCUGAACAGACUACCAUUAACCCACACUAUCUCAGACCUUUAACACCACAAGUGCUACAAAAUUCCAAAAGUGCUCACAAUUUUGACAGUUCUAUGAAACGGGAGGAGUAUGCAGAAAGGAUGCGACAAAGGCCACAGUCUGCCAUGGAGUUCUCAUAUAGGGGUCGUAACCAUGGUGAUGAGUACCUUGACCUGCUUGCCCACCAGGCAAGCCUGGCCAUCUCCCCACCACACUCCAGCUCCAGUGACCGGUCUCGGCAGGAGUUACAAAUGUCUCUACAAAAACUUCUUGCAGAAACUAAUAAUCUGCCAGAUGACUACAGUGACCAUGAACAUGACUUAGCUGAUGGGCAUGUGUCUUAUCAUAAGCAAUUCCUUGCAACAAAGAAUAAAAUUCAAAAACAUAAGCAAAAUAUGGCUAAAGAAGGUGUUGAUAUCAUUCAAGAUGAUUUUGGUAUCUAUGGAGAUGAUGAUGAGGAUGAUAAUGACAUAGAUGACACUCAGCAGGAAGUGAAACCAAUGAAACUGUUGACUGACUCCCAUAGACCUAAAAUCAUGGUUCCAAGAUGGCGGCAGAAUACCUCUCCCCAACCUCCAAGUUACAACCAGAGUGUAGCAGCAGCUGGUAGAAAGCCUGGCAAUACAGAGGCAAACCUUGCUGCCUCACUUGCACAGAGUUUGUUUGAUACUGGUCAACAACAUUCAGAUACCCUCCCUAAAGAAAAAAGAGGGCCUGACAGCCCAAGGAAGACAACUGUUGGAAUGCACAAUGCUAGCCAUGAAAAGGGGAGCCUGAAGAGAAAAAGUAAAACUAGAACUGCAGAUUCACCAAGGAGAUCACCUGUAAGGCAAAGCCCUGUACCCUGUGACAGUACCAGUAAGUCAGUUGCUAAGAGUUUAUCAUUUGAUACCGCCCCGAACAGACCAUCAAAUCUGCCAUUGAAACAAAACAAUAAUGCAAAUGCUCAAAAUCAACAGCAAAGUGCCAGUAGUACCGAACAAUCUGACAAUGAUAAGCCAAAGAGAAAUUCUGUUACAAAAUUAUCAGAUGUGAUUGCAUAUACUGCGGAUUGUCUGGAAAAGAAAGAAUUAGUUAAUUUAGCAGAUGCUGAUUCCGACUCUGACAGUGAAGAGAAGCUUGAGAGAGUGUCUGAUAUUCCUGGUGGAAAACUGUCUGUAUCAGAUAUAUUGGCAAAUCAUAACAUGAAGGUAUCUUCUGUUGAUGUUGGAUCAUCGGGAGAAAUGACAGGUGAUGAAAUGGACAAAGGCACUGCCAGUGAUAAACAAAGAGUAAAUGGGAAUAAUAACUCAAAGAACAAAGCUGAUACUGACAGUGUUGUGUUUUAUUUCCAACAUCGAGAUCAAAUCAAUAAGGGUAACACAGAAAGCCAUGAAUCUCAGAGAUCUCCAACAUUCAUUAAUACAAGUAUGGAUAAAACUUCCACUCCAAAGACUGAAUAUAAACCUUUACCCACUAAUAGUUUAAAAGAUGGGUUCGGAAACUUUUCAAAGAAAGAGACAGGUAGGCGAGUGAGAAGUGAUGAAGCUAAACCUGAAGCUGUUAUAAACCCUUCAGAUAAAGACAUGAGCCAACAUACUAGUAGGAUUUCAUCUGUUGACAGUACAUGUAGUGCUGAAUCAGAAGCUAGUGAAAGUUCAACUAAAGAGAGGGUUUUAAAGGCUGUAGAUCAGCUGAGGAUGAGUUUUGAGAGAAAAAAGCAGCUGACUGAAGAGCGGCGACAGAGUCAGAGCCUGACACAACCUCGUGAUCUAAGCAGCCCUACCUCACCCACCAGCACAGUUCCAAUACAGAAACAUUUCAACGACCUCAGUCUGAACAACAAAGGUGAGGAACAGAAGAGUCCAGUUAUGAAAUCAUUCUCUACACCUGUCAGGCCUAGUGAGCAUGAGAAUGGUGUAGAUCAGCUAGAACAGAAACAUGGUAUGUACUUUAAGAAAACUGGCCAAACUAAGCUAAAAUAUCAGUCAGAAACAGCCUCCGCCAGGCAGAUUCAACACAAAAUGGAACGGGCAGCCAGUCCAACAGGAAGAACCCCGAGCCCAAUAAACCUUAACAGUCCAUAUGAGAAGUUUAAAACCCAGGUGGAAGCUUCAAACCUGGCUAAACCCAAACAGAAGAACUCUGGUCCACUGAGGAACUCCUUUGAGGGGUCUCUUAUACCGAAACGUUCAAAGAGUCCUACCAGGUCUUCUGCGGAAAGGGAGAGACCUAAAUCUUCAACAGAUUUCUUGAGGCAGGAAAGUAAAGAUGGGCAAAAUAAGAAUUCCACAAAGGAAACUAAAAUUCCUGUGUUAAAGAAAGCUUCAGGUGGUACCCUGUCAAAAUCAUCCGAGGAUAUUUCCAAACUAAAGAAGAAAUCUGCCUUUAAGGACCAGCUGAAACAUAUAUUUGGUCGAAAGAAGAAGAAAUCGAAAUUGUAUAGCUGCAAUGGGUACGACCCGGAUGAGGAGUACAACAACCAUGUAACCAUAGCAACUGAGCCAUCGUUCCAGCACACAGAUGACGAUGAGGGUUUUUUUCCUCUUAGAGCUGACCGUCGGGCGAACUCCGCCUCGCAUAUUCUCCAAAACUACCAGUUUGAAGAAAACGAUCCUGUUAGUGCAGUGUGACUUUCAUGUGAACUGUCUCAGCCAAUCAGAAUUGAAGCCUAAUGGUGAACCAGCCAAUCAGGAUUCUGAAAUUGACUCAUGCUUGAGGGUAUGUGACUUGUUGAGCUGAUCAACACUGUCAUGUAUUAUGGUCUUUGAAACUGCAAUCAGAGGAUAUUCGUUGAACAGGAUUUAUGAGGAUGAGAAGAACUCAUAUUUUAUUUAAUCCAUUACAGUUUCUCAUCAUACAUACAUACAAUUUAUUAAAUACAAUGGUUAAAGUCAAGAGCAAUUAAUAUGCAUGAAUUAAUUGAUGAAAACAUAGGGUUAAUUUUGAAGAUGCUUUAUAAGGGUGUAGCUAUAGGAAUUGUUUGCAUGUUCCUGCUAAGUUUUUAAUGUUGUUUGACCUUUUUAAUUUCUGAGAAGCACUGAUGAUAUUGUGAUUUUUAUAUUUGCUUGUUUAUAUUUUUAACAGAAUUCUUCCAAAAAAGUUAAAUGGAAGAAAUUGUUGCACCACUGUUUUCACUAAAAUUGACCUCUUCUGUAAUUUGUCAUAUAUUUCAUCACACACUCAUGCAGUCAUUCAACUAUACACUGUUCUUAUGUUCUCUGACUGUCUAAAUUUUCAGUUACUGCCCCACGAUUUGUUAUCUCAUGUUUUUAAAGCAGUCAUUCUUCAUGUCUGCAAAUGAUUCCAUUGUAUACAUUAUGAGAUAUAUUUCAUAAACUUUUACCAUCGGCAUGUGUCUCAUGUUUGUUAUUUAUUAAUUUUUCAAUUAUAUGUACAUUUAUGUAUUAGCCAGUCAUGUUUGUAAUUAAUUACAUGUUCAUGUAUUACGGUAUGAAUAAAACAUUGA